AUGUGUGAUUUUCAUCCCGAUGAUAGGGAUUUAGUGCGGAGAACAUACAUUCAAAGAAAGCCAUGUCAACCUAAAGAUCAUGCGUUUCCUCAAACACUUUUUGGGCCGAAAAAACGUCGAUUUAAUGUUAAUUGGUUUGAUACUUGGCCAACAUGGCUUGAGUAUAGUGUUGAGAAAGAUGCUGCCUUUUGUUUCAUUUGCUAUCUAUUUAAGGAUGGUAACACAGCGGGAGUGGAUGCUUUUGUUAAUGGAGGUUUCAGACGUUGGAAUAGAAGAGACACAAUUGUAAAGCAUGUUGGUGGACACAAGAGUGCUCACAAUAAUGCUGUGAUUGCUAUGAACUUUUUCAUGAAUCAAAUGAGUAGCAUUGCCACCGCUUUAUCAAAACAAACAGCGAAAACCAUGAGUGCCUAUCGUAAGAGAUUAGAAGCUUCAAUUGAAACCAUUAAAUGGCUAUUGUUCCAAGGGUUGCCUUUUCGUGGUCAUGAUGAAAAGGAAAGUUCAUUGUCUAGAGGUAACUUUCUUUCGUUAUUAACUCUUCUUUCAAACCAUGAUCUUGAGUAUUCCAAAGUUGUUUUUAAAAUGGCCCCUGGUAAUUGUCAACUUACUUCUCCAAGUGUCCAAAAAGAUAUAAUCAAUGCUUGUGCUAAAGAAACAACUAAAGCAAUAUUGGAAGAACUUGAUGGUGGAUUUUUUGCUAUUCUUGCUGAUGAAUCUGCCGAUGUUUCCGUUAAGGAACAAAUGACACUUUGUUUGAGAUUUGUUAAUAAAAAGGGGGAAGUGUGUGAGUGUUUUCUUGGUAUUGUGCAUGUUCCUGAUACUAGUUCUUUGACUCUCAAAGCUGCUAUUAGUCAUUACUCAUGGAACACUCUUUAA